GAAUGCAUAUGACAGCAGAUUUAAAAUUACCUUCAUAAAGAUUGAUUAAAUAGUGAAGGAAAUUCAUGUAAAACAGAAUUGAAUGGGAUUAUCGACCUACGAUACGAGGAUAUGAUAAUGGGCUGUCAGUAUUCACAAACAGAAAUCAAGUCGAGGCCGACAAUAACUGAGGAUGUAGAGGUAAUGGCGGAUGGUUCUAUACCCGAGCCGCCUCCACCAGCUCCUACCGAUCCACGACUACCAUUAGAUGCUAGACAAGUAUUUAAAUUGAAAAAGUCUUGGAAAGGAAUUAAAAGAUGCAUCGAAUCAACUGGAGUGGAGAUGUUUAUCAGGAUGUUUAGAACAAAUUCAGACUCAAAAACCAUUUUCAAACAAUUCAAAGAUUUAAAAAAUGACGAUGAAUUACGUGUGAGUGAAACAUUAGAACAGCAUGCUACAGGAGUUAUGAAUAUUAUAGACGACGCAAUAAUGAACAUAGAAAAUGUGGACUAUGUAUUUGAACUAUUAAACUCUACUGGAAGAAGACAUAGUACGUUUGAAGGAUUUUCACCGCCAUUCUUCUGGUUUAUAGAGAAGCCGUUUUUAGAUGCAGUUAAAAUCACACUAAGUGACAGAUAUACAGACAAUAUGGAUGGCAUCUACAGAAUUACUAUCAAGUUUAUACUGGAAAAUUUAACAAAAGGAGCAGAAUCAGCGAAUGGGAUUUCCUGACAAAUUACAUGCUUCCUUUUAUCAGGAUGAAUGCAUUCGGAUGUACAGUCUUUCCUUGAAGUCCGUUUCAGACAGUGCAUAUUACCAAAGAAUCUUUAUAGAUCACCCAAGAAUGCUUGAAUCUAAAUUUUAUCGGUGUUGAUGGCGCUGCUGUUAUUUCAAUGUGAUAAUUGUAACUAACCAAAGUUGAUGCCUUAAUAUCAACGGUAAUAUUGUAACUACUGCAAUACUUAAAAAUCAAAGAUUUUAGAAAAUCUUUAAAACAUGUACAUUUUUAUGUUACCAUGUAUACAAUAGAAUGAAUACAUUGUACGAUCGAAAACUUAAAAGCAUUUAUCGUAUUAGUAGAUGAAUAUUUAAUGUGUAAAUUAAGAAAAGGUAGUAUUUUCAUUUUUCAUUUAUUAUUUAUUAAUUGUCAAUGUUAUUAUUUUAUAAACAAAUAUUAUGUACAAUUGGCAAGCUAUCACAUUUAACCAUGACGUAUUACAUCUGUUCACGGAAUAAACCAUUCAGGAAGUAGAUAAAACUGAAUAUGAAAAAUAUCGGUCAAAAUUUGGUUAAAUUUAAUUAGAUAUAUUUUUAUUUGUGUCUGAUCAUAUAUAAUAUGGUUGUUGGAUAAAAACACAGCAUUAAUCAAACAAUUUGAAUUAACCUAUAUUGAAGAAUUGAGGGGUAUACCGAUAUUAUGCCUUUCAAAAGUUAUGCAAUAAUAUGUAAAGCAAUAAGAGAAUGACAAUUAUGGAAUCAUAAUCCCCUCCUAAAAUAUCAAUGUGUACUGUGAAAUAUUUGACAAGUAAUUAAGUAAGUCAACCAGAUAUAAAUGCCCUGUCCGAGAUCGCUCUUACGUCUGACGACCCAGACUUAGGAUGGCAAGUUUUUGUCUCGAAAUCAAUAUAUAUCUAUUGUCAAGCGGCAGAUAAACCAUACAUCAUUUGUUUCCCCAUUAAAUCUUUCUGAACGAUUGUUUAUCUUUGAUUCAGACUAUCCUCUGUAGCACUAACGAAUCAAUUAUUCCUUUCAGUCCUCCAUUUUCGACGACGCUAAGAUAACUUGAAAUAAUUUGAGCGAAUUAGAUGCAAUAGGCAGGCAUGUAAUGUUUGGGGGUAAAGCUUGUUAAUGCGAGUAAUCGGAGUCGUAUUGAUACUCCCCCAAUUCUAGGUGCACAUAAUUAGAUAACACAGUUACAUAACACCUGUUCAAAUGAACGUAAGUAGCGGAAAAUGGAGAGUUGAGAUGAAUAAAGGUUACAGGUAGUUUUCUAACGGCCCAAAUCAGUCCCUAUAACUGGUGAUCUGAUGUCAAAGUGAUCACGGGCUACCUUUCAGAAACUUGAAUAAAUAUCCUUAAUUUUCCCUCGCUGAAUAUACUCUUUCUAAUGUUGUACAAAUACUUGACCUUUUGGACAAGAAAUUUUUGCCAUAGUAUGUUUUUGUUAUUCAAUCAUUCAUUCGUUCGUUCAUUCAUUCAUUCAUUCAUUCAUUCAUUCAUUCGUUCAUUCAUUGAACGCACUCUUAAUAUAAUGUCCGUUAAAACGAUACGCGCUCGACACAACCAAUACAUUCAUGGUUUUAAAAUCGACUUAUUUUACUGCUAUAUGGUUCAUUAUUCGUACUAAAUGAAAAACAUAAUUGAUCUUUCUGUUUAAGGAUAAUAAAAAGAUGAAAACUUUAUACCGAUUUAAACUUUAAUGAAGCAAAUCGAUCUUUUCUAAAGCGCGUAUGCGAUCAAUUUUUCAGAUUAGUCUUUUAAAAGUUUGCUUGGCUUAAUCAGCAAGUUUCGCCUGAAAUUGAUAUUAUAUACAAGUAAGCUAGAGCUAUUCAAUGUUUUGUAAUGAAAAACAGCUUGAUCACAAGAACGUUGGAUAACAUAUCUUGUUUUAUGUACCAUCUUAAAAUUGUUGAUCUGAACAGCUUAAAUGACAUUGGUUUUUUUAUCCUUCGUAAGCUAUAAGUGAAAGAUGAUGAAAUCAUUCACAACUUCAAUUAAAAUUAUUUAAGUUUUUUAUCUUCAUUUCUACUGGCUAUGAAGAGACGGGCUAAGAAAUAUGCAUUAUUAUAGUUUCAAUGUUAUUUUUGUUUUCGUCACUGUUACAACCAUAGAAUAAACAAUAUUUUUACACCAAUUCAAUGAGGACGGAUAAUUUAAUUGAAACCAUUGUAAACAACAUACAAAAGUAGUCCACAUUUGGCCUUUUUUCCAAGGAUAUAGCCCUGCUAUGAACUUAGAUCAGUUGUGGCAAAGGCAGCACAUUUCUAGGAAGAUUGUCUGUUUUGAACUUGAAAUUAUUUAAAAGCAUAUUUCAUGUUUCUAUCACUUUCAAAUGAAAUUUUAACAAUAUCAAGGUCAUUUUUUUUGGCGUCAAAGUAUUUUUAUUGAUUGUUAUUUCUUUAAGUUUUAGUUAAAUUGUUUUGACAAUAAAUGAAAAAAAUAAAUUCUAGAACGCAUGCUUUUCGUCGAAUGCAAAUAUGGGAAUCAAUCUUUUAAUGCUCACGCAAAUACACUAACAUGUAACCACCGUUACAACAAUGAUUUUACAGCCACUAAUGAUGUUUAAAACAUUAUUGGUCGAAAUCCAUUAUUUCAGUUUUUAUCAAAUUGUUUUAACCUUAAAAUUUGACAUUAUGUUGGCAUUCUUUGCUAGAUGCAGAUUAUUAUAUUAGUGUGAUAAAUGCAAAUAAAGCAAAACAUAUUCUUAGAAUAAUAUUCCAUUAUAUGAUUCCUCUCUAAUUUAUAAAUCUCAUGAAAAGUUCUGUUUGGGUAUCGUUAAAACGUAAUUGAUGUCAUUUGCAUGUCAUAUAAUUAUAAAAUACAAACAUUAUGAAGAUGAAUGUAUACAACGUAUUUAUAUUUGAAUGAAUAAUACUUAUUUGUGUUGCAAUUCAUUUUUAAGUAACAAUUAAAAUGGCGAAAAUCUAAAUGUAUGAAUAAUGUACUUAAACUAUAAUAGAAUUAAAUGUACAUUAGUU